AUGGAGAAGAUAUCUGAAACUGAGAGGAAUUUAGAGGGCGUGAGAGCCCCAAACCUCAAGAAAGCUCUGAAAGCAAAUACGCAAAGAAGAUUUUGAAAAUAAUCAGUCCAUAUUCCUGAAAUCUGUCAGUCUAUGCGCUGAACGCGUACUCUGAAUUGGAUGAGACUACGGAAAUGCCGAACGGCAAUUCUUUUUAUAUAAUUUAUCAAGCAUAAGAAAAGGAAUCCAACUGAUGUUUAUAGGCAUGGACUGCUCUAAGUACAAAGAAGUUUUAUCAAAAAUGAUUGAAAAAGCAAGAGAUCUGUUUCAAUUUGACCCUUUGGAUAAUAUGGACCAGAAGAAUGCUCAAAACAGAGUUAAAUCGAGGAUUGCAAGCGGAUGUGAUAGCUACGAGAUAGUCUCAACCGGUACUGAAUUAGCUGGCCAAGUGAGAGAAGGGCUUUGUAGUUUUAUCGAUUCUGAUUUCCCACCACAAGACUCGAGUAUUUCCCCAUCUGCAAGUAGACAGCCAAAGGGAAUAGUCUGGCUUAGAGCUCAUGAAUUUAUGGAAGAAACUCCUAAUUUAUUCAAGGAUGAAAUCAAGUUCGAGGAUGUAAAAAUGGGCUGUUUAGCGAUUUGCUACUUCCUCUCUUCAGUUGGGCAGCUUACAAAUAACCCUGACUUUAUAAAAAAUGAACUUUUUGUGACUCAAGAGUACAACAAUGAAGGAAUUUACAUUCUAAGGUUCUUUUGGGACGGAGAGCACAAAAAAGUUAUUGUCGAUAACUAUUUCCCAUGCAGAUUCAGUGAGAAAAAUAAAUUUGAGCCAAUUUAUGCUCAGAAUAACAGCAGUGAACUCUGGGUCAUGCUUCUUGAAAAAGCUUUUGCUAAGCUAAAUGGCUAUUAUGAUGCGCUUAAUGAAGGUUACUUAAGUCAUCAUUUGACUGACUUAACGGGUGCACCUGUUGAGCAAAUAAAGAUCAAAUAAGGACUUUGAAGAUACCAAAGCUGCUGAGCAAUACUAUUCUGGUCUCUUGGAAAGUUUGAAUCAAAAGAGGGCCAAAAGAUAUCUGAUAUUCUCUUCAACUCCUUCAAGAGAUGACAAUGAGUUCCUUGAAGUAAUAGUUCAGUCGAGGCAUGCAUUCGCCAUUUCUCUCACUCCAGAUGGGUUUGUAAUUGUGUAUGACCCAAGCGGAAUCGGAGCUACUUCAGCAUUAUCAGAGUCAAGUCUUUACAGAGAGAAGAAGAACAAAUAUGCCCUUGACCCUGAUGAAGAGACAAAGAUGGCUAGCAGAGAAGCUAUAGAGCAAGGAUUUAAAAUCCAGUUUUGGUGAGGAAAGCUGAACAAAGGCCAAAACUGAUGUUUCUGCUGUGAAUUUAAUCACAUAGUGAUUUGCAGAAUUGGCACACAUUCUGUCACGAGAAGGUUUAAAUCCUAGUUCAUAAAAUCGAGAAGAAUUCUUCCUAAUAAGACCUCAAAAGAUAGAGGGAUUCAUGAUAUCUGGACAUAUGCUAGAGAUUACUAUGCUUUGGACAUUCCAAGGGACAAGACCAAGGUUUGAAUUGGGCUUCAUCAGAAGGAUACCAAGUGUUUCAGUGAUGAUAAAAGCUAUCAUAACUUUGAGACUGAUCUGCAGCUAAUUAUCCUCAAAGUAGCAAGAAGAACAUUUGGAUCGACGUUGAAUUUAAGAAAGGACAUUAUUUGAUCGUACCGAGGACUACUGCAUGCAGGCUUGAAAUCC